UGCGGCGGCGACAGCAGCAAGAGCGGGGUCGUCCUGGACAUCGCGGCGCUGAGGAUGAACGAGCUGGAGUCCGAGGUGCUGCCCCUGCCGCCCCGCUACCGCUUCCGAGACCUGCUGCUGGGGGACCAGAGCUUCCAGAACGACGACAGGGUCCAAGUCGAGUUCUAUGUAAAUGAGAACACCUUUAAAGAGCGACUCAAGCUGUUCUUCAUCAAAAACCAAAGAUCAAGCCUGAGGAUACGGUUAUUCAACUUUUCUCUGAAGCUUCUUACCUGCCUUCUCUAUAUUGUACGUGUCCUGCUUGAUAACCCAGCAGAGGGGAUAGGAUGCUGGGAAUGCGAGAAGCAGAAUUACACGACCUUCAACCAGUCCACAGAUAUCAACUGGGCUCCCAUCUUAUGGGUGGACAGGAAAAUGCCACUCUGGGCCAUCCAGGUCAGCAUUGCUUUAAUCAGCUUUCUAGAGACCAUGCUACUCAUCUAUCUCAGCUACAAGGGAAACAUUUGGGAGCAGAUUUUCCGCAUUUCAUUCAUCUUGGAAAUGAUCAACACGGUGCCCUUUAUCAUCACAAUCUUCUGGGCUCCUUUGCGGAAUCUGUUUAUUCCGGUUUUUCUGAACUGCUGGCUGGCCAAGUACGCCUUGGAAAACAUGAUAAAUGAUUUGCAUCGUGCCAUACAGAGAACGCAGUCUGCCAUGUUCAAUCAGGUGCUGAUUCUCAUCUGUACCCUGCUGUGUCUUCUUUUCACAGGAACCUGCGGCAUCCAGCAUCUCGAAAGAGCGGGCGAAAACCUCUCCCUCUUCAAGUCCUUUUAUUUCUGCAUCGUGACCUUCUCCACGGUGGGCUACGGGGACGUGACCCCAAAGAUUUGGCCCUCGCAGCUCCUGGUGGUUAUCAUGAUUUGCGUAGCCCUGGUGGUGCUGCCUCUCCAGUUUGAGGAGCUCGUGUACUUAUGGAUGGAGCGCCAGAAAUCGGGGGGGAAUUACAGCCGUCACCGUGCCCAGACCGAGAAGCACGUUGUCCUCUGUGUCAGUUCGCUCAAGAUCGACCUCCUCAUGGACUUCCUCAAUGAGUUUUACGCUCAUCCCCGGCUACAGGAUUACUACGUCGUGAUCUUGUGCCCAACGGAGAUGGACAUACAGGUCCGGCGAGUCCUUCAGAUUCCUCUCUGGUCACAGCGAGUGAUCUAUCUCCAGGGCUCUGCGCUGAAAGACCAGGACCUCAUGAGAGCCAAAAUGGAUAAUGGAGAGGCCUGCUUCAUUCUCAGCAGUCGAAACGAGGUGGAUCGCACGGCUGCGGACCAUCAGACCAUCCUGAGAGCCUGGGCGGUAAAAGAUUUUGCCCCCAACUGCCCCCUCUACGUUCAGAUACUCAAGCCUGAAAAUAAGUUCCACGUCAAGUUUGCUGAUCACGUGGUCUGCGAGGAAGAGUGCAAAUACGCCAUGCUGGCUUUGAACUGUGUCUGUCCGGCAACCUCCACGCUCAUCACCCUCCUGGUUCACACGUCCCGGGGACAGGAAGGCCAGGAGUCCCCUGAGCAAUGGCAACGGAUGUACGGGCGCUGCUCAGGCAAUGAAGUUUAUCACAUCCGGAUGGGGGACAGCAAGUUCUUCAUGGAGUAUGAAGGGAAAAGCUUCACGUAUGCUGCCUUCCACGCACACAAGAAGUACGGCGUCUGCUUGAUAGGCAUCAGGAGGGAAGACAACAAGAGCAUCCUGCUGAACCCGGGGCCGCGGCACAUCAUGGCAGCGUCGGACACCUGCUUCUACAUCAACAUCACCAAGGAGGAGAACUCCGCCUUCAUAUUCAAGCAGGAGGAGAAGCAAAAGAAGAAGGGGUUUGCGGGGCGAGGGGCCUACGACGGUCCCUCCAGGCUGCCUGUUCACAGCAUCAUCGCAAGCAUGGGAACAGUAGCCAUGGAUCUGCAAAAUACAGAGUGCCGGCCUGUUAACAGCAGCAAGCUGACCCUCCCGGCUGAAAACGGGUCAGGCACCAGGCGACCUAGCAUUGCCCCAGUGCUCGAGUUAGCUGACAGCUCUUCCCUCCUGCCCUGCGACCUGCUCAGUGACCAGUCAGAAGACGAGAUGACUCAGUCGGAUGAAGAAGGGCCUACGGUUGUUGAGUACGUGAAAGGCUACCCCCCCAACUCCCCCUACAUUGGGAGCUCUCCCACGUUGUGUCACCUCCUACCCGAAAAGGCCCCGUUCUGCUGCCUCAGGCUGGACAAGGGUUGCAAGCACAACAGUUUUGAAGACGCCAAGGCCUAUGGGUUUAAGAACAAGUUGAUUAUAGUCUCAGCAGAGACUGCCGGGAACGGGCUGUAUAAUUUCAUCGUCCCCCUCCGCGCCUACUACCGGUCUCGGAAGGAGUUAAACCCGAUUGUGCUGCUCCUGGAUAACAAGCCAGAUCAUCACUUUUUGGAAGCCAUCUGUUGUUUCCCCAUGGUUUACUACAUGGAAGGCACGAUCGAUAACCUGGACAGUCUGCUGCAGUGUGGCAUCAUUUACGCUGACAACUUGGUGGUGGUGGAUAAAGAGAGUACCAUGAGCGCCGAGGAAGAUUACAUGGCAGAUGCCAAAACCAUUGUCAAUGUCCAAACCAUGUUCAGGCUGUUUCCAAGCCUCAGCAUCAUCACGGAGCUGACCCACCCGUCCAAUAUGAGGUUCAUGCAGUUCCGAGCGAAGGACAGCUACUCCUUGGCCCUUUCCAAACUAGAAAAGAAAGAGCGAGAGAACGGCUCCAACCUGGCGUUCAUGUUCCGGCUCCCGUUUGCCGCCGGCAGGGUGUUCAGCAUCAGCAUGUUGGAUACGCUGCUCUACCAGUCCUUCGUGAAGGACUACAUGAUCACCAUCACAAGGUUGCUGCUGGGCCUCGACACCACGCCGGGCUCGGGCUACCUCUGUGCAAUGAAGAUCACUGAAGAUGACCUGUGGAUCCGGACGUACGGCCGCCUCUUCCAGAAGCUCUGCUCUUCCAGCGCAGAGAUUCCCAUUGGGAUCUACAGGACCGAAUCGCACAUGUUUGCAACCUCCGAGCCUCAUGACAUCAGAGCGCAGUCACAGAUCUCAAUCAAUGUUGAGGAUUGCGAGGAUACCAAAGAUGUCAAGGAGCACUGGAGCAUCAAGACGAGCCAUCACAGGAACUCCUGCUCCAGCGACCAGUCUGAGCACCCCUUGCUACGGCGCAAAAGCAUGCAGUGGGCCCGCCGGCUGAGCAGGAAAGGAAACAAGCACACGAGCAAGACGGCCGAGUGGAUCAGCCAGCAGAGACUGAGUCUGUACAGGAGGUCGGAAAGGCAGGAGCUUUCGGAGCUCGUCAAAAACCGGAUGAAACACCUGGGUUUGCCCACCACGGGGUACGAGGAUGUAGCAAAUUUAACAGCCAGUGAUGUGAUGAAUCGGGUAAACCUUGGAUAUUUGCAAGAUGAAAUGAAUGACCACCAGAACACGUUGUCCUAUGUCCUAAUCAAUCCACCUCCGGACACGCGCCUGGAACUCAAUGAUAUCGUGUAUUUAAUACGCUCUGACCCUCUAGCGCAUGUAUCCAAUGACACGCACAGUCGGAAAAGCAGCUGCAGUAACAAGCUGGAUUCCUGCAAUCCUGAAACCAGAGAUGAAACGCAGCUCUGAAUGACCUUUGCACUGAACACGUGUCUCCUCCUCCUCAUAUUGCUAAUGCAUGGGAUUGUAAGAGAACUGACUGUAAACCAAACCCAGGGGGAAGGGACUUUGCGGGAACGUGCACGCCAGGUGGAAGUCUGUACAGGAAUCGAGACGCAAAGAUCAACUGUCAGCGGUUCCUGGCAGUUUACUCCUCCGUUCACAUUGCACUAUGGAAAUGUCAUUCCCAACCUGGAUUCAAGCUGCUUAGAAAUGCCUUGGAAAGGAAGCUCCUAAAACAUGGGUGUUAAAGGCCAGGCGGCCAAGGAAAAGGCUGGCAGUCGCAUCCGUCUUUGUUUCUAACUUUUUAUAUGCACCGCAACUAGUGAGACGGUCUUUGCUGGCACUAGUAGAAGCAGCCCAAACUGAGAUCAUGAGUCAAGCCUGGUUUACAAGAAGGAUCAUGCUGGAAAAUGUCCCUGACACCAUACAAAUUGCUCUACCCCCUCAGCGGACCAGGGAAGUGCCAAUGCAAGAGAGAAAAAAUGAUCCUGUAAUCUUCUUUCUGUUUCUGGUGGGAUCCCCUGCCUGACAGGCCAUCCUACCUUAUUGUCUCACAUGGAUGUUCUUAGUGUGCUUCAGCAUUUGUAGGCCUACUGCCAUUUUCUAUCAUGGGGAAGGGAGUCCGACAGAAGAGAGAUCCAGGGAGGGAUAGAGGAGACCAAGUUAUCCAUGGCCAAUGAUGGAGAGCUGCUCGGGGGGGGCGCAGAACACCUUCGUCUUGGAGGGUUGAUGGGAGCGUGCGGUUUGUCCUCAAGAGCUGGACUCAACACCUUGCCCAUCUCUUGAAACUGCAGCAUCCUGUGCUUGUGUGUCAUGUCCUAUCCAAAGGAUGUGCUGACUCCAGCAUUUCCUUUAACAUGUCAUAAACCAACUAAAGGGGGACCAAAAGUCAGGCAUCUUCCGUGCACACUUGCCUGUUACGUGUGUCCAUAUCGCUGCAGAAACGUUGGCUCAGCUUCCUAUUGUUGUUGGGGCCCCCCGGCUAAUAUCCACACAGACUUUGGCCCAUCGUGAAAGUAUUUGGUACCUCCUCUGGCUUGCAUGCUAGAUACUAUCAGCUGGCAACUGCCCUAUCUUAGCCAUUCCUCUCUGAGGGUUGACAAUCCCUUCUAUCAUGGAGAUUGAAAUGCAAACAAGGAUCCAGGAUUAGCAUGAUGGUUAAGCUAAUUGAUGAGUCCCGUAUCAAUAGAUGGGCAGGGAUAGAGACUAGGGAUAGCUUGGCUGUGUUGCACACUUUUGUCAUGGAUACAGGGCUGAAUCUAUGGUGAUCCCGCACAUCAAUUCUGAAAAAACUAAUUAAAGCUAAAAAAAAAAAUGGAGAUGACGGGGCUGGCUACUUACUGGAGCAGGGACUAGGAGGCCGCCCGGGGAUGGGGAUUGUGAACAGCGCUCUCCGGCUUUGAGUAACCUUUGCAGAACUCUUGGAUGCAACAUCGGCAGGUCUGCGGUCAGGCCCGGUUUCAUAGGGAUGUCCCAAUUUUGCAAAUACUUAACACGAGUCGGUUGACUGGGCGCAUUAGGCCUUUUUUGCCCAUGCAAAUUGCCCAUGUGGUUUCAGGAGAAGAAGGUCCAAAGCAGACUUGCUUUCUGUACUCUUCUGAUUCAUGUCUUCAACAUGGCAUGCUGUCAAGUGGCGCCGGUGCUUGCGUAGGUCCGUUUUGAUUUCUACUCUGGUAUCACCACAUCCUGCCCUUCCCUAGGCUCUUGCUUCUCAAGUCACAGCAAGAGAAGCUCACAUGCAGGACCCCCCCCGGUUCUAGCAAUCAUCUCCCCCUUCCCCUGCACGCGGCUCCAUUGGUUUUGCCUUCACGGCUGUGCAUUGUGGCCACCCAUUGCCCCAGGCCUAGUGGCAUCUAGGUUGAGUUAGGUACUUUGGCUCUCUGAACAGUGGUGGGAAGAGUUACUAGGUGCCAAAUGAAUGAGAUCCAUAAUAGCCAAUGUGCUGAGCGGAGCCCGCACUGCCAAAGCUACUCCACAGAUCGUGCUCAGAGGUGGCUGGAGCUUAAGUCAUUGAGUGUUGCUCCAAAUCCAGGCUGGAGGCUUCCAGAGCCAGAAGUGCCCUGGCUUUAGGCUCCUUUCGGACAGUGCCCUCCUUUUACUCUGUAGCUCAAAGCACCAGGCACAUGGGAGACUUGAAUUGAAGUCCGGUCUCUGCCUGAGCUGAACCAAGGAUUUGACUCCCUAGGAAAUGCCCUAAACCCUUAACAAUAAGGUAUGUGGAGGGCAGAGCCGUCUCAUCCCCUUCUGUGGAUGAUAUUUCACCCCUGGAGCAGGGGUUUGGCUUUUCCAUAGCCUGGGGAGUGCCGUACCCACAGGGCAGUGGAGUUAAAGUCUUUCUCUGUGCGGCGCAGUGAAUAAUUUUUUACUAAGCAGACCAGCUUCCCCAGGAGUGAGACCCCGGCAUCUCAGAGUCCUCUAGGGUCCAGAGAUCAGUGCAGUUUCUUGGGAGAUGUGGAUUCAAGCCCUGGUCUUAAAUCAGGGAGAGAAGAGAUGGGAACUGAGGUCUCCCAUUUCCCAGGUAAGUUUUCAAGUCACUGCGUGCCGAGGUACAAGUGGAGAUCACCUGCUGCUUUUGUGUGAUGCCGGAUCUGCUAGACGUAGUCCAACAACAUCUAUUAGCUCAGGUCCUGCAGAGGAGGGAUCCAGCUUGAAUCCUUCCACGACAGAGGUGCUGAGCCACUCAGUACUACCAGGCUUGAGAUGAGACCUGAGUGCUGGAGAAACUGUUGAGAAGAUAGAUGCAAAAAUGGCUUAAGGUCAUUGCUGUCUACUCAGCCUCAUUCCUCUCCCCUUCAUCCUCCCUAGCUCCAUCAUAGGGGCUAUGUUUGUAAAGUACUUAGAAGAUGCAAGGCUUAAUCAUCCCAACUAUUACCCUUGGGUUUCACUAUAGUACUAAGGGUCCUGAGUUAUAGAUGCACCCCAGACUCUGUUCUGUAAAGAUGCUGCUUCUCUGGUCAUACUUUUCUUUGACUUGUUGGCUUAGUUAAGACAUUAUGACCCCUUAUUUGAAGGCUUCUCCAUCCCCAUCUGCCCUUUAAAUACAAAUUUCUCAUCAGCUAAGCCACCUUAAAUUUGGGAAUGGGUUUGCUAGUCAUUUCCCUGGGAUUGUUUACUGAUGACACGUGUAUUCAACUCCUAAAAGUAACAGACUCUGUUUGGUCUGCCUGGAGGUUUGAGGAACCAAAAAUAUUGAUAUCUUUGUUAUGAUCAUCAGAAACAAAGCUCUACUUAUCUUUUAUAUAGUUUUAUAAUUGGGUAAAGCUAUAUGUACGUGUUGCUUUUGCCUACAAUAAAGACAUAUGAAUGUACAGAAUAACCUUAAACACACUAAACAGCAAUGUACACUCCGGCCAACUCCUAUUAAAAUUUGCAUUGACUUA